GUGGUUCGAGAGGGUAAGCAUGAUGGUCAUCCUGCUCAAUUGCGUCACUCUAGGAAUGUACCAACCCUGCGUCGUCAAAUGCGAAUCGAACAGGUGUCAGAUCCUCCAGCUGUUCGAUGACUUCAUCUUCGCAUUUUUCGCCCUAGAGAUGUCAAUUAAAAUGAUCGCUAUGGGAGUGUACGGAAAGGGGACAUACUUGGCAGACUCAUGGAAUCGGCUCGACUUUUUCAUCGUGCUCGCUGGGGCUUUGGAGUACGCACUCAACGUCGAUAACAUGAACUUGUCGGCGAUAAGGACAAUAAGGGUCUUACGACCUUUAAGAGCGAUCAACAGGAUACCGAGUAUGAGAAUCUUAGUUAUGCUUCUACUAGACACACUGCCUAUGCUGGGAAACGUUCUCCUCCUCUGCUUUUUUGUCUUUUUUAUAUUCGGGAUCGUCGGUGUGCAGCUUUGGGAGGGAAUACUUCGUCAGAGAUGCUUCCUCAAGCCCAUACCGAACGUCACAUACCCCAAGGGGCUUCCACAAGAGUACAGUGUUCGAGUCAGAACCACUGAGCAGCUAGCAGCGUACUAUUUCCACCAGGAGCAAGAGAGGGACUACAUUUGCUCCCGUCCGGAAGACUCCGGGAUGCACCGAUGCGAAGACAUUCCGCCCACCAAAUUCGGCAAUAUCACCUGCUCGGGUAUCGCCCUCCCCUGGAGUCCCAACAUACCCAACAACAAGUCGUGCGUCAACUGGAACCAAUACUACACCGAGUGCAAGCCCCAAGGACUGAACCCGUUUCAAGGGACGAUCUCAUUCGACAAUAUCGGACUUGCUUGGGUCGCCAUUUUUCUGGUCAUUUCUCUAGAAGGAUGGAGUGACAUAAUGUAUUACGUUCAAGACGCUCAUUCGUUCUGGGACUGGAUCUACUUCGUUCUUCUUAUAGUUAUCGGGUCAUUCUUCAUGAUCAACCUGUGCCUCGUCGUCAUAGCGACUCAGUUUUCCGAGACGAAGAAAAGGGAAAUGGAGAGAAUGAGACUCGAACGGGCCAGAUUCCAGUCCUCCAGCACGCUGGCGUCGUCCACCAACAAUUCGGAGCCGACUUCCUGCUACACCGAGAUUGUCAAGUACUUGGCCCAUCUGUUCAGGCGUGGGAAGAGACGGUUGAUAAAAAAGUACAGGCUUUGGAAGUACAGACGACAGCAGAGAAGAGAAAAGAAGAAAGAAAACCCGGUCCAACCUCUGGCGAAUACGAUUCUCCUCAAACCGUUUCCUCCCUCGUCUCAAAGCCCGCAAGGACCGGCGAGGAAAAAGGAUGAAGAAGUACCUGCCGAAGCUGAAGACGGACUGAGCCCGAAAAAAAGCAGUCUGCUUCGUGUACCAUCGUUCAACGGAGGCGGUUCGAGCAAUUGGGAACAAUCAAACGAAGGAAACCUUCUUUCGCCCGGAAAUAGCCCUCAGAGAAGGAGGAGCAGUGUUAUGUUCAGCGAAGUCGUCCUUCUGCACGGUGGGACGCAGUCUGAAACGCCCGUCAUGUCUGAAAAAAUAACUCAAGCCGGUGACGGAUCCUUAAGACCUCCUAAUCAGCAGGGCGGUACAACUACAGAAGCGAUGACCUGCCAAGAGCUGCUCGCGUUGAGCGGUGCUUUGAGUGCUGCUCUUCCGACCGGGCAGAUCGCCCUCGACUCUUUGUUCACGUCUUUGAGCAAAGGCGUGCUCCAGUCGCACUUCACCUGGGCGGAUACUGAACUCGCUUUGAAACCGACUGAAAACCAGAGGAGGAAAGAACCGGGAUGCCUUAUGAAGGGGUGCCUUUGCUUCCGUUACUGUUUUUUAGCCGGCAUUCGCCGAGCGAUAAAAUCGUUAGUGGAGCACAAAUAUUUUCAGCAGGGGAUUCUCCUCGCCAUCCUCAUCAACACCCUCAGCAUGGGCAUUGAACACCACAACCAACCUGAACAACUGACCCUGAUAGUGGAAACGAGCAAUAUCGUUUUUAGUUCUAUAUUCGCUCUAGAGAUGUUAUUUAAAGUGAUAGCCGAAGGUCCUUUUGGAUACAUUAGCAACGGAUUUAACGUUUUUGACGGAGUCAUUGUCAUACUGAGCGUUAUCGAACUAAUCCAAACGUUUCUCGGAGAAGGCGAGGGCAGCUCAGGGUUGAGCGUUUUGAGAACGUUCAGACUGCUAAGGAUCCUAAAGUUGGUCAGGUUCAUGCCCAAUCUCAGGAGGCAGCUUUUCGUCAUGCUCAGGACUAUGGACAACGUCGCGGUUUUCUUUUCGCUUCUUAUUCUCUUCAUAUUUAUAUUCAGUCGGGGUUGUUAUGGUAGUAGGGAGACAUAUGCUGACGAGGGGAUGGUUUUCAGCAUUCUGGGGAUGUAUCUAUUUGGUGGUAAGUUCUGUACACUCGCUGACGGUUCGAGAGAAUGCAACUGCAAAGAGAUAUUGGCGAAGAGGCCCGACUGCGUCUGUGAUAGAAAACACUUCAACACGAUGUUAUGGGCCACUGUGACCGUUUUCCAGAUUUUGACGCAAGAAGAUUGGAACGUCGUUCUUUUCAAUGGCAUGGAAAAAACAAGUCAUUGGGCUGCCCUGUAUUUUGUCGCCCUAAUGACUUUUGGCAACUACGUAUUGUUCAAUUUGCUUGUGGCCAUCCUAGUCGAAGGAUUCUCAUCAGAGAGACAUGAGCGAAGAGAAAGAGAACAAAGAGAACUAGCAAAAAAACAAAUGGCACUGCAUCGUAAAUAUUCUGAAUGUUUCAGCGAAGAUGUUUACAGUUCAUGUUCUCUUUCUGAGCAAGAUAGCUACAUGCAGCAAGAAGCGAGGAGUGAGAGGGAAGAGUAUAAUCGCAGAUUAAAAGAAAACGGUCACAAAGAUAAAGAAAACAGCUGGAAAUUAAAAUCAAGCCAGAACAAAGAGGACUUCAACUUGAAAUGUAACAUUCAAAAAGAAAGCCAGAUGCUGACUCAGGCACCGAUAAUAACUCAUACAGCCGCAACGCCUCAAGACUCCCCUAAUGCCACACUUGACGGUAGCGCCAGGGACUUUAACAACAGGCUCAGCUCUUCCAUGGCUCUACAAUUUUAUUCAAGCUCUCUUUCCAUCGAUUCAAUCGAUUGCUCAAUGUCAUCGCAAGUGAGUAUACCCGGAAUGCUGAAACCCCCGACACUGACGGUCAACAAUUUGACUGCACCUCAUCAACACUUCAGAAGGAGAGCGAGCGUAAAUAACGGUGCCAGUAGAAAAGAUCCAUCCCAAACUUCACUAUUUCAAAGACGAUGCUCUUGGAAGAUGUCCAGAAGUUCAUUAAGGAGAAAAUCACGAUCAGGUUCAGAGCCUGAUGAAGAGCAGAAUAUAGUUUUGAAUAACAACAAUCAUUUAAUAGCCAGUCCAAUACAAUCAGAACUUAUACAUUGUAAUGGCAACCUGAUAGAGACAAUACGAAAUGACACACAAAGUAGUAAAAAUUCUAGUAUUAUUAAACUAAGUCCUCAAACUUCAAUACGAAGUCAAAAUUCUAAUAAUUCUGAACAACAAUGUGCUCAGGUGUCAUGGGUAGCCAGCGGUGGCUUAUCGAGACAAAAUUCAAUAGGAGGUGCAAGUGUUUGUAGCAAUCAAAACUCUCAAAAUUUAACUCCCACAGUCACUCAACCAAUAUCUUCGCAACAUCUAAAGGUCACUACAACAAAUAAUUCAAACUUGAGUAUACCUCAGCGAAUUGAAGAUUGCAAAUCGAUCAAUAUCAGUGCAGGAGCUUGUGGUCUUCGGCAGCCGUCACCUCUUCCCAAAGUAAAGGAAACCCCUCCAAUUGAAGAGUCGACAAGCGAACCCUCUGUGCCCCCUGUACCAAAAGUUUUUUUUUUUUUUAAACAAGAGGGCUGUUUUGUGGAGAGGGAGGACUACGCACUGUACAUAUUCCCUCCUGAUAAUUCAUUUCGUCUAAUGUGUAAGACAUUCGUCGAGCAAAAAUGGUUUGACAACGUAGUUUUAUUUUUUAUCGCCCUAAAUUGCAUAACUCUGGCCAUGGAGCGCCCCAAUAUCCCUCCUUAUAGCAAAGAGAGGCUGUUUCUUGCAACAGCAAACUAUGUUUUUACAGCCGUUUUCAGUUUAGAAAUGUUUGUUAAGGUGGUUGCUACAGGAAUGUUUUAUAGUAGAGAUGCUUAUUUCACUUCAGGUUGGAAUGUGAUGGAUGGAUUGCUUGUGUUAAUCUCUAUAAUAGAUUUACUCAUGUCAGUAAUCUCUGAAAGUAGCCCACGAAUUUUUGGUAUUCUUAGGGUUUUUAGACUACUCAGAUCAUUGCGUCCAUUACGUGUAAUUAAUCGAGCUCCUGGUUUAAAACUGGUAGUUCAAACACUUCUAUCCUCAUUAAAGCCUAUCGGAAACAUUGUGCUCAUUUGUUGUACGUUUUUUAUUAUAUUUGGGAUUCUUGGUGUUCAGAUGUUCAAAGGAACCUUUUUUUAUUGUGAUGGCCCAAAUAUAAAAAAUGUUAAAAACAAGUCUGACUGUUAUGCAGCUCAUAAACAAAACAGAUGGCUGAAUAGAAAAUACAACUUUGAUGAUCUCGGCAAAGCACUCAUGUCACUUUUUGUACUUUCAUCGCGAGACGGCUGGGUCAACAUAAUGUACACUGGAUUAGACGCUGUUGGUGUAGAUCAACAACCUCAAGAAAAUUACUCGGAAUGGAGAUUGUUGUAUUUUAUCGCAUUUAUCCUGCUUGUCGGAUUUUUUGUGCUCAACAUGUUUGUCGGAGUCGUAGUCGAAAAUUUUCACAGAUGCAGGGAAGAACAAGAGAAGGAAGAACGAGUCAGAAGAAUGGCCAAAAGGGCCAAACAAAUGGAGAAAAAGAGAAAAAGAAUGCAUCAACCUCCAUACUACACUAACUACUCAAAAUCUAGGCUUUUUGUCCAUAAUGUUGUAACAUCAAAAUAUUUCGACUUAGCCAUUGCAGCUGUAAUUGGCCUAAAUGUUAUAACAAUGGCAAUGGAAUUUUACAUGAUGCCAAAAGAAUUAACAUAUGCGUUAAAAAUAUUCAACUACUUUUUCACAGCAGUUUUUAUCCUUGAAUCCAUUAUGAAACUUGUUGCGUUGGGCGUAAAGCUUUAUAUGAAGGAUAAAUGGAAUCAAUUGGACGUAUUAAUAGUCAUAUUAUCAAUUGUUGGGAUUGUUCUUGAAGAAAUGGAAUCAAAUAUAAUUCCAAUAAACCCAACUAUAAUUAGAGUCAUGAGGGUGAUGAGAAUUGCCCGAGUAUUGAAAUUGUUAAAAAUGGCAAAGGGUAUCAGGGCUUUGUUGGACACCGUAAUGCAAGCCCUUCCUCAAGUCGGCAAUCUUGGUCUUCUUUUCUUCCUUCUGUUUUUUAUAUUUGCUGCACUUGGUGUAGAACUUUUUGGCCGACUCGAGUGUAGCACAGAACACCCAUGCCAAGGGCUUGGCGAGCAUGCCCAUUUCAGUAAUUUUGGUAUGGCCUUCCUCACGCUCUUCAGAGUUGCGACUGGUGACAACUGGAACGGGAUAAUGAAGGACACCCUGCGCACGGACUGUGACGACAAACCAGAUUGUGUUAAAAAUUGUUGCGUCUCAGGAAUUGCGCCGAUCUUCUUUGUUAUCUUUGUUCUGAUGGCCCAGUUCGUUCUGGUGAAUGUCGUGGUGGCCGUAUUGAUGAAGCACCUAGAAGAAUCACACAAGCAGGAUGCAAUGGACAAAUAUUUAAAUGAGCUGGCCAAACAAAACGGGGAAGAGGGUGUUUGGUUCACUAAAGAAACGGCGACACACCAGGAAUUGACUGAAUUGCUUGAAGAUGAAUUGGACAUUGAAGAUGAACUGGAAAGAGAGUUGGCAGCUGAACAGCUGGAGGAUGAAGAGGAAGACCUUUGCCUGCAGCUCGCCCUUGAACAAGAUGCGAUCCAUAGACCAUUGGCGAAAGUUCUCUCUCUACCAGCCAAUUUCACGUUUUCCAGUGACAGCAGAGAUUCUAACUCCCCUAAUAAUUCUAGACAACGUAGAGCAUCGUCUAAUUCUUGGAGGGAUGUAAGAGACAAUGCAAUAGCCAAAAAUUCAAGACGAAGACAAACACUCCAAGGACCGAUGUUGAUACCUCCAGCUUACCCGACAGUCGGUUACACAUCCAUAUAUACGACACACCAUGAUAGAGAAAGAAUACGAGUGACAAAACAGCAAUCGAUCGCAGAUGAUGAAAACCCUAUCACUCUGUCUGUGCCUACGCAUUCAGGGAGAUUGAUGAGCCUUCCCGAGUCUUGCCCACCUGAGAUUUUGACAGAGCCAGCGACAACGGAAUUUAUAAGGGAAUCACCAGAGUCCCUUUCUCCUGGAGUCAUACUCAUACCGCCUCCUUAUUCCGAUGCCGAAUCACCGAGUGAAAAUGUAAUUGGUUCUGAUUCGAGACAGGAAAAACUUCAGGUCAGUCCGGGCGGCCAGAGAGUCAGGAUCCGCCUUUGUGAUACCAGAAUGGACUCCGGCAUCGGUGAUGAAAAACACAGCCAAGAAUCGCAGCCUUCUUCAGGGAACCCAUAUGAACGGGAAACGCCAGAAAAGUCCAUCGAUCAAGUCAUCGUUCAUAACCAACGAGUAUCGUAGUGAAUCAUGUACUCAUUAAAAUAGUUUACCAUCUUGAUCCAUUUAGAAUUGUUUUGAAGAGAAUCGUUUUUGUUUUUUUAUUUCUAGGGCUUUACAAAGUAUAAAUGCCUAUAUAAAAAAUAAAUAAAUAAAAAAUAAAAAAAGUGACAGUCAAUUUCAAAAAGGCAAAUUAGAUAAUAAUUGGCCAACCUUGAUGUUAGAAGACGGAAAAUAUAGAAUGGAAUUAGAAUGAACUUUUAGAGUGUCAUUGUAUUUGUCAUAAAAUUAUCGAAUAUCAUAUCAAAGAGAUUAUUUAAUUUAUUUUCCAUAGGUGAGAUUAUUUAUUGGAUCUAAUCUUUUGUCAAUUAUCAGUCAUUAAUUCUCUCACAUAAAAAAAGUUUUACUACUUAAGUAAUGUUAAUAUAUAUAUUGGUAUCUUCUAGAUAUGUGUUUUAUUCAUCUACUAAGAUUUUCAAAUUCAAAUUCAAAUGUUGAAUUUAGAAGCAGUCAUUCAAUUUGGUUCCAAAUAAAGCUUUUUGAAAAAACUUUGAGAAUAAAUUUGUCAGUAAAUAAUUAAUUUAAAAAAAUUGUCCAUUACAGAUUAAAACAAUUAGUCUAGUUGAUUAUAAAAUGUUUUGUUAAACUUAUUUGUAAAAAAUACUUCAUGAUUUAUUACAGGAAACUGCAGUGUAUGACUCAGCAUAAUCAAAAGAUUAAAUAGAAAAUUAAAGUCAAAAUUGUUAUGUAC